GUUUUGUAACAUUUAAUGCAGGGUUGUGACGCGUCUAUCUUGCUAGAUGACGGCCCUUCAAUCAUAAGUGAAAAGAAUGCAUUGCCUAAUAAGGGUUCAGUAAGAGGUUAUGAAGUGAUAGAGGCAGCAAAAUCUGAGGUUGAAAAACUCUGUCCUGGAGUUGUAUCAUCUGCGGAUGUACUAACCGUUGCUGCCCGUGAUGCCUCAGAAAUGGUUGGUGGUCCAUCAUGGUCUGUGAAGCUCGGAAGAAGAGACUCAACCAUGGCUAGCCUUCUUCUAGCAGAAUCCGGUGCUCUUCCUAGUUUCAAAGCAUCGCUAGACUCACUUAUAUCCACCUUUGGUGAUAACGGGCUUAGUGCCAGGGACAUGGUUGCAUUAUCAGGAGCUCAUACUAUUGGACAAGCGCAAUGCUUCUUAUUCCGUGAUAGGAUAUACGACAAUGGAUCAGACAUUGAUGCAGGAUUCGCUAGCACCCGUAGACGUGGUUGCCCUAUCAACGACGGCAACGGAAAUCUUGCACCACUCGAUUUAGUGACUCCUAAUUCGUUUGAUUAUAGUUACUUCAAGAACUUGAUACAAAAGAAGGGUCUUCUUGAGUCUGAUCAAGUGUUGUUUAGCGGUGGAUCAACAGACAGCAUUGUUAGGGAAUAUAGCAAUAAUCCUUCAAAGUUCAAGUCGGAUUUUACAGCUGCAAUGGUGAAGAUGAGUGAAAUCAGGCCUUUAACAGGUCAAGAAGGAGUCAUACGAAGAAUUUGUGGUGCUCUUCCCUAGUUAUUUUGAAUGUCAUCUAAAUCUUUUUUCGAUUACUUGGAAAUUACACUGUUUGUAAUGAUAUCU